AGCCGCUCUGUUUCCCGUAGUUCUUCCCGUCGUACCCUGAGCUGUCGCCAUUAUCCUGCUGCUUCGUCACGGGGGCAUCACACAAAAGCAUGGUCUUUUUGGCGACUUCCUCUUGGUACAGACGAGUCGCAGAACGGGCUGACCCUCACCUGGGGCGUACAGCUGGUAUCGGGACGGGGAAUGAGAUCGACGGAAUCACCCCUGGGAUCGGGUGUAGGCACAAGGGCGGGAGUCCACCAGUUCUUCCACGUGUCGAUGAGUCGGGUCGUGGUGUUGGACACCAGGAAGAUAGGCGCUUGGACUGGGAUCGGGGUCGGGUUCGGCGCCUCGACGAGUGCGAAACCCCGAAGUCAGGUAUCGAUCCCAUCUGUAUGUGCGAAGGUGUCUGUGAAAGUGGGAGGGGAAGGCCUCCUCGGCGCCAGGGUUGCUGCAUUGUCCAGAACGCGGCUUCACCGAGGUGAACACGCGGCAGGAAUGACUACCCCGCCUGGAUCGUCUGCACAACAGCUGUCCAAAGGUGAAGAGGAACGGAAACGAUUGGAUGACCAACUGUCUAAACGCAGGCUGGCACUGGAUCCAGCCGGUUAUUUCAUCAUAUACUUGGAUCGUGCAAGGGAAGAGAUUGUUGCUGAUCAUUAUCGCAACGUCAUCAACGACAAGGGGAUUGCAUGUGAUCCGAAAACAGGGAAACCAAUUCCCUGUGAUGGGUCGUACAAGCCAGCUCCUAACAGGUCUUUCAGGGGGAAGACAGCCAAAGAACUGAGUGUGGCAAUACUUGAAAUGGACGCAACUGGCGGAGAGACUGCUGAGGAAGCGACGGUGAGUCUUCUCUCACAUGCCAACUACUUGGGAAGAGAGUUCCAAAAGGCGGAAGCCGCCUUGAUCAGUGGAGAAGCGUAUGUUCAAGAUUAGCUGCCCCCGAGGCCGCCAUCGACCAGUGGAGGACAUCACAUUUGAGAUUAGCACAACGCUGGGUGGACACCGCACACAGCCAACAACGUCGGGGUCAUUUUCAGCUAUGUCAACAGGGGAAAGCUAGCAAGCCUAGAAUGCCACGGUGAAACAUCAGCAAUCGGUUUCUUCCCAGUCACAUCACGCUGUCUGGUACACCACUCUGUAAAUUUCAGAUAGCUAGUUUGUUCCUGUUUGUUUUGCAAUCAAUUACUGUACUGGUGGAGAGACUGCUGAGGAAGCGACGGCGAGUCUUCUUUCACAUGCCCACUACUCGGGACAGAGCAGGUAGCUAAUUUGUUUGUGCUGAUUUGCAAUCAAUCAGUUUGAAAUUC